CGGGACGGAGGAGGAGCUGUGUUGGAAAAGCGUAAUGGGAGCCGCUUUAGGACACGGAUCCCAAAGGAGCAAGAGGUACCAGGAAGCGCCGCUGAUCUGCACAGAGCCCUUUGCCUGCUGCUGCCCCACAGGGAACAGGAGCCGCUUUAGGACACGGAUCCCAAAGGAGCAAGAGGUACCAGGAAGCGCCGCUGAUCUGCACAGAGCCCUUUGCCUGCUGCUGCCCCACAGGGAACAGGGAGCUGCUGAGGAGCCACAUGGUCCAUCCCUGGAUUCUCCAAGCACUGACUGCCCAUCCACUCUGACCACAGCCAGGGGCCACAUCCCACUGCCUGUCCAGCGUCCAUCCAUGGAGGUGAGCACCGUGUCCCCUCUUUUCACCUCACCAACUGAUGGACCUGCUCAGUGUGAGAUCAAUGUCUCCAACAUGGCCAUGCACUUUGUGACGCUGCUCAUCGGCCUCUGUGGCCUGGCUGGGAAUGGAGUUGUUCUCUGGCUCCUGCACGUUAAUGCCAUCACCCACUUCAUCUCCAAACAGGCCAACAUCGACUUCCUUUUCCUCAUCGUCAUGGUCCCCUCCACCCUGCUUUUCCUUGUGGAGGAGGUGUCCUGCUGUGCUAUAAUGCCCCUGAUAUAUUUGAGCUUUCUUUUCUAUCUGUCACUGUUCACCUACAUUAUGGGGCUCUACCGGCUGAUGUUCAUCAGCAUUCAGAGGUGCAGGUCCAUCCUCUGCCUGGUAUUCUGUGGUUGUCAACUUUCUGAGCACUUGUUGUGGGUGUUGAUGACUCCCCUGUUCUGGGUCCUCCUCUUCAUUUUCGCGGCUGUCAAUCCCACGGUGACUUCCCUGUGCCAGUCACACGAGCAGGAGCAAUGCCGGGUGGCUGUCACCUCCAUAUACGCCCUCAACCUCUUCCUAUUUGCUGUACCCAUGCUCAUUUCCAGCACAAUCCUCUUCAUUCAUCUCAAGCCUGGCUCCCAGCAGCAGCCACCCAAGAGGCUCGACAUUGUUAUUGUCCUCGUUGCGCUCUUCAGUCUGCCCCUCAGUCUCUGGUUUCUCCUGCAGCAGCUCGGUUACACAGUUGUGCCCUCCCAGGCACUUUUCCUACUUGCCUGCAUCAAUAGUAGCAUCAAACCCUUCAUCUGCUUCUUGGUGGGGAGCUGGAAGAGAGACUGCUCCAUGGGGAGCUGCUGGAGACACUGCUCCAUGGAGAGCUGCAGGAAGCACUCCUCCAUGCAGUCCCUAAGGGAGGCGAUCCACAGGGUGUUUGAGGAGCCAGAAGAAAACACUGCCUAUGGAGGUGAUCCUGUUGUGAACACAGUUAUCUGAGCCUGUUGAUCCCUUGCACUGCACUGCUGAAGGACCCUGGGACAGUGGCUGAGGGAUUCCUUGAGUCACCUGAUAAAGAAAUACCCACAGGAUCAGCCUCCCUGUGCUGGUGCAUCCCCAGCCCCUUUCCAGGCCGCUCUGGGCUCUGAUCCGUGCUUGUGAGGCCUCAGCCUUGAGGAGCAGCCCCUGGGCUCAGCUCCUGUGGCGCUGAUCACAAACACCCUCUGCUCCCAGCAACUGCUGCUGUCCAACCACCUCCUGGGCUUUUAUCAACAGCCUUGGAAAUUAUUGUACUGCCCUGGAUGCCAGAGCAUCCCUGCUCUCCCACUGUCCCAGGAAGCUGCGGGCCCCAGGUGUGGCCAGGGUGAACCAUUGCUGUGAGGGACGCCCAUGCCUUGGGGCCCUGUGAGCAGCGGCCCAAAAGGAGACCCUUGGAGCUCUGCUGGGCCCAGCAGCGCUGAGCAGAAGCUCCCUGGCACUGGGGCCUCUCCCAGCUGGGAUCUCUCCCGGCUGCUGCCCUCGGCUGAUCCCCGAACGCCCACGGCUCCUGGGCCCAUCCCCCAGGGCUCCAGGCCCAGCCCUUGGCACAGGGAGGAGAUGCAAAGGGAUCCACAGGGAGCAUUUCACUGCCUGCCAGGGCAAUUUCUCACAGGGACCUUGCACUGACUCUGUCUGCCUGUCUGUCUGUCUGUCUGUCUGC